AUGGAUGGUUCCAGUAGUGAUAAUUUCGAAUACAUUCUACAACUGACUAAGAUAUUGAGUGCUGAAUGCCGAGCUAAUCGUCAAGAAAGGGAUAAAGUAGAACAUCUGUUUAAAAGAUUGGCUAAGCAGUCAUACGUUAAUUAUGAACAAUUAAGUGGUAAUGUUUCACCCAGAAAGAAAGAAUUGUUCGAUAAAAUAUCGACCCCUACGGAAGAGGAUCAAUUGAUUAUGCAGAAUUAUGAAUUAGUAAAGCAGAUUGAGUUACAGGAGUAUAUGAACAAUAAAGUUUGGUUACUUAUCAAUGAAAUCAACGAACACCUAAGCUCAAUUAGGAAUUUUGUCAUCGAAAGGAAACUAGCAGCUUCGAAAGAUGUAACGAAUUUCAUAGAUGAGAAAUUUACGGUGAAUGGUCAAAGGCUGGAUAUGAGCUGUCAGGUGCUGCGAAAUGAAAUUAACGUCAGUAAAGGGAAAUCCGAGUUGGUUAUUCAAGAGUUCAAACACUUGGUGCAAGAGAUAGAUUGGAAUUUAGUACCGAAAAAUUCGAAGGACUUCAUUAAAUUUCAAUCUAAAUUAAAAAUGUUGGAAAACCGGUAUAAUAUAUCUAUUGACUUACCCAUAUGA